AUGGCAGAAAGAUUACAAAUCGCAAAACGCUGCUGUAAUCCAUAUAAGCUAGGAAAUCAUUCCUAUAAGUCAAAAGGCUUAAGAAAACUUACAACUCAAAUUCGUGACAAGAUUCCCUCUUUCGCUGCUGAUGCAAAAAUUUGUGGCCCAUGCAGAAAAAAAUCUUGUGUGGUCCUCGAAAAAGUGAAUUCAAAUAUAUCUGAUGGUUGCAGCCAACCUGUCUCUUAUAAUAUAGGUACCUACGUAUAUGUAAAAAAAUAUUUUGAAAAAGACACCCAUACACAUUCCACCAUUUAUUUGUAUAAUAUACCUAGGUUAUGGACGUUGAUUACAAAACAUCGAGCAAACCAUAAAAAAAAACUGGCUUGUGAUAUUGAAGACCAUCAAGCAGCUGUACAGGUGUUGGAACAGAUCAAAGAAAAAUAUAAAAAGACAACAAGCGCUUCCGAAAAAAUUAUCCUGUUGACAUUAGCACCAAAAACGUGGGGGCGAAAGAAAUUAGCAUGCGAAUUCAAUGCAUCGGAACGUCAAGCCAAAAAAGCCAUACAGUUGGUGAAAGAAAAUGGUAUUUUAACCUCUCCAUUACCGAAAAAGGGUAGAAUUUUAUCGCCUGAUGUUGAGAAAUUAAUUCUCGAUUUUUAUAAUGAUGACGACAAUAGCCGUAUGUAA